GGGACAUCUACUGAUCAUCGGGGCACUGAUCAGUGUAGCCCCAGCAGUGCCACCUGUCAGUGUCCAUCAGUGCCAGCUGUCAGUGCUCAUCCACGCCACCUGCCAGUGCCCAUCAGUGCCACAUCAAUGCCACUUAGUGCCCAUCUGAGCUGCCUUUCAGUGUCACCCAUCAGUGUCAGUCAGUGCCACCUAUCAGUGCUUCCAAUCAGUGCCACCUAUCAGUACUGCCAAUCAGUGAAACCUAUCAGUGCCAGUCAGUGCCGCCUAUCAGUGUGCAUCAUCAGUGCCACCUAACAGUGCCAGUCAGUGCCGCCUAUCAGUGCCACCUAUCUGCCGCCUAUCAG